AAUACACGACUUGUUAUAACUUUUGUUUAUUUUCAUAUGUUCUUGCUCUUCGCCUCCUUCGUUAUCGCAUCUCUCAAACCCUCUCUAUUUAACUUUUGAGGUUUUGGUUGCAUUGCUUUGAAGAGUGAGAAUCAUGGAUUUUGAUGAGUAUGAAUAUUUAGAGAAGACGGUAGAAAAUCCCGAGGUUGAGAAAAUAAAGGAAGCUGUUAACGGUGGUGAUGAACCGGUAAAAUCAGGGGAAAAGGAUCGCAGCCGAAGCUCUCGGCGUAGGGGUGAAGAUGAUGAUGGAGAUCGAAAAUCUAGGCGCACUAGGUCGGGAGAUGAUGGGCGAGAUCGUGAUCAGGACAAUCAUAGAGAGAAAGGUUCAUCCAGACAUCGAUCUCGAUCUAGAGAAAGAGAAAGAGAUAGAGAAAAAGAAAGGAUUGAUAAGGAUGGGGAGAGGCGUAGAAGUAGCCACAAGGAUAGAAUUAGAGAAAGUGAGAGGGAGGAGAGAAAUGGGAGGGAUCGUGACCGAGAUAAGGAUAGGGAGAAGGAAAGAGAACGAGAAGGAGAUCGUGAUAGUGGAAGGAAAGAACGUGAUCGUGAGAAGGAGAGCGAGAGAAGUAGAAGUGAGCGUGAUCGACGUAGCCGGAGUCAUUCAAUUAGGCACCGGGAGGAUGGAGAGAGGACUCGGGACAAGGAGUACAGGGAAAGAAGCCGGGACAGGGAACUUAUUGAGAGGAGUAGGGACAGAGAACAUAGAGAAAGGAGUUAUGAUAGAGAUUUACGUGAAAAAGAAAGCAGACGUCACAAGGUAAAGAGGGAGGAAGCAGAAGAACCAGAGGUUGACCCUGAACGAGAUCAGAGGACAGUUUUUGCUUAUCAGCUUCCGCUAAGGGCAGAUGAAAGGGACAUUUUUGAAUUUUUCUCCAGAGCCGGCAAGGUUCGCGAUGUACGACUCAUUAUGGAUCGAAAUUCUCGACGUUCCAAGGGAGUUGGGUAUAUUGAGUUUUAUGAUGUGAUGUCAGUUCCAAUGGCUAUUGCACUCUCUGGGCAACUUAUUCGUGGACAGCCAGUCAUGGUUAAGCCCUCUGAAGCUGAGAAAAACUUGGUCCAGUCAACCUCUACUACAGCUGCAGGUCUCACUGCUUCAGGAGCUGCAAGGAGGCUAUAUGUAGGCAAUUUAGUCCCCAACAUUACUGAGGAUCAGCUCCGUGUGGUAUUUGAAGCUUUUGGGACUAUAGAGUUGGUGCAGUUACCUCGUGAUGAAGCAGGUCUUUGCAAAGGUUUUGCUUUUAUCCAGUUUGCACGUCUUGAAGAUGCUAAAGCAGCUCAGUCUCUCAACGGACAAUUGGAUAUUGGUGGUCGGGUUAUGAAGGUUUCAGCUGUUACUGACCAACCUGGAAUGCAAGAUGCUGGGGCAACUACUGGUGAUUUAGAUGAUGAUGAAGGCGGUGGCUUUGCUUUAAAUGCAAGCUCCCGACAACAGCUCAUGCUAAAGCUGGAUCGUAGUGGCAAUGUUACAAGUGUACCUGGUUCACUUGCUUCCUCAGCUGCUGAUAGCACUAGUGUUUCAAUGCCAUCAAUGUUGGUGCCUGGGGCUGCUCCUGGAGUUUCUCCUAUCGUGCAACCUGCUGUCUCUGCUUUUGGAGGAAUUCCUCCUCCAGCUGCUGAUACUGUGGGGGUUCCCAGUGAAUGCUUAUUGUUGAAAAACAUGUUUGAUCCCAAGCUGGAGACUGAACCUGAUUUUGAUUUGGACAUUAAAGAGGAUGUGCAGGAAGAGUGUGCAAAAUAUGGUGCGGUGAGGCACAUCUUUGUUGACAAGGACAGUGAAGGAUUUGUUUACUUGACAUUUGAGAACACCCAAGCUGCUAUGAAUGCGCAACGUGCACUACAUGGCAGAUGGUUUGCAGGAAAGAUGAUUAGUGCAUUAUACAUGCUCCCUCAAAACUAUGAAGCAAAAUUCCCGGAAAGCAGAUGAACCAAUAAAUUGAGUUUCCCGAUUGGAACUCAGAUUUUUGGAAGAUGAUUGAAGUGGCAUACUAAAAAAACAAAAAACAAUACAUGGAGAGAAGACAGAUUUUGAUAGUUUUGUUGUAUUGUUAUGUCUUGAUUGGCCUAGUAGCGUUUGAUAGUGUAAGAACUUUCACUAUUUUCUUAAAAAUAGUGCUCAUGGCUUGUGUUAGCAGUUUAUUAUCCCAAAAAGUUUUAUUCCAACAUUUGGUGUAUUAUUUGCACUUGUUAGGUACUGAAUAUUUGUAAUUUUAUUAUAUCCUAAAUUUUUGGAUUAUUAUGCUUUGCCAA